AUGGCUUCUGCAACAAAGGUUGGUGGACGCGCUGUCGUCAAGGCUGUUACCUCUGGUGACCAUAUCAUCGUCCGUGGUCAGCCAAAGAACGGCCCUCCAGCUGAGAAAACCAUCAUCUUCUCCAACAUCGACGCUGGCAAGCUUGCCAAGAGAGGCAACGAUGCCAUCCCAGCAUCUGGAGACGGCGAGUACGCUUGGACCGCGCGAGAGACCCUCCGAAAGAAGAUCAUCGGCAAAGAGGUCUAUUUCAAGGUCCAGGACAUGGCCGAUAGGAACGUGUCCUAUGGCGUCGUUUACCUCGGCGCUGACGAUUCUGGCGAGAACUUGACAGAGUGGAGCAUCGCUUCCGGAAACUGCAAGCUUCGCGAAAACGUCAAGAAGCAAGUCGAGCAACAUGCUGCUCGACAAGCUCAAGCCGAAGCCAAGGAUGGAGAAAGCCAGGCGAACAUCGACAACGAUCCGCGAACGAAGGAAAUUGCUGAGCUUCAGAAACUCCUCGAUCUUCAAGAAAAAGCCGAGCAAGAAGGUCUUGGACGAUGGGCGACUGACCGACCUUCUCCUCGACAAAACAUCGUAUUUGCUGUCACCGAUGCGGACGUUUUCUUGGCGAAUAAUCUCAAAAAGAAGCUCCCGGCCAUCCUCGAGCAUGUUUUCAACGCUUCGAUGAUGCGAAUCUGUCUUCCCACGUUGAACACUUAUAUCACCCUUUCUUUGACAGGUAUCCGAGCUCCUGGCGAGCGAGGACCCAAUGGAAAGGAAGAAUACUUCGAUAUCUCCAAGUUUUUCGUUGAAUCGCGCCUUCUGAACAAGGACAUUAGCAUCACUAUUGAAGGCGUCGCCCCCAACAUGGGCAAUACCCAGAAAGAGCCCCUCUUUGUCGGUACCGUCCAUCACCCCGCUGGAAACAUCGCCGAGGCUCUUCUCAAGGAAGGAUACGCCAAGUGCGUCGACUGGUCAAUGGGCAUGCUCAGCAGCGACCCAGCCAAGUAUCGAAACGCUGAAAAAGCCGCCAAACUCGCCAACAAGAGAAUCUGGAAGAACUUCAUUGCUCCAGACGCCAACAUUCCCGAGAGCGAGCGAUCCUUCAGCGGAAAAGUCAUCAAGAUCGAGAACACUGAUUCGAUUACUGUCGACGCUGCUGGAACUCACAAGACGAUCUUCUUCGCUUCCGUUCGACCUGUUCGAGCGACCGAUCUCCAGGAAGAUGUCAGGCGCAAGUUCGACAAGAUGAGUAUCGAAAAAAACUGCUCCAAAGGGACGAGAGAGUUCCUUCGAAAGAAACUCGUCAACAAAAAGGUCGACGUCGUCAUCGAUUACAUCCGACCACGAUCGGAAGAAGCCGGCCAGGUCUACCCCGAGCGAACCUGCUGCACCGUCCGAUUCCAAGGUCAAAACGUAGCAGAAGGCCUUGUCGCCAAAGGAUACGCCAUGCCUAUCCGACAUCGUCACGACGACAACAACCGAUCCUCCGAGUACGACGCUCUCCGAGAUGCCGAAUCCAAGGCCGAAAAAGCCGGCAAGGGUUGCUUCUCCAAGAGCGUGCCCGAGCCAAUGAAGGUGUCUGACGUCUCCCAGGAGCAGCACAAGGCGCGAUCGUUCUUUACCUUCCUCAAGGGAAAGAAAAACGAUGCUAUCGUCGACCAUGUCUUCAGUGGAUCUCGACUGAAACUCUUCGUCCCUAAAGAAACUUGUCUCCUCACCUUCCUCAUCGGUGGUAUUCAAUGCCCACGAGGUGCGCGGCCAGUCGGAAAUGGAGUCAUCGAGCCAGCUGAGCCAUACGGCGAGGAAGCCCUUGCUUUCACCAAGUCUCUUCUGACUCAGCGAGACGUCACCAUUGAAGUCGAUACCAUGGACAAGGUCGGUGGCUUCGUCGGAUAUCUCUUCGUCGACCGAGUCAAUGUGUCUAUCAAAUUGGUCGAGCAGGGUCUCUCGAAGGUCCACUACUCUGGCCAGCAGGGCAAGUACGCCAAUGAACUUCUCGCCGCUCAGGAACGAGCUCAGUCUGCCAAACUCGGCCUCUGGAAGGACUGGACUCCUCCAGUUGAGGAAGUUGCGCCAGUUGAAACCGAAAGCAAAGCCAUCUCCCGCGCCGUCGACCCGAAAGAAAUCGUCAUUACAGAAGUGACGGCGAACCUUUGCUUCUAUGGCCAAAUGGUCUCCGAGCAGGAGAAACUUUCAAAACUCACUGACGAAAUGCGUGCUUACUUUACGGAAACUCCUCCCACCGCUGGAGCUUACAAAGCGAAGAGAAAUGACGUCUGCGGAGCGAUCUUUGCCGAGGAUGGACUUUGGUAUCGAGGAAAAGUUGAGAAAAUCAGCCGGGAUGGCUCCGAAAUGGCGACGAUUACGUUCAUUGAUUACGGUAACCGAGCUCUUGUUCAUGUGACCAAGCUUGCAUCGCUCCCUGCGCAGUUUUCCACCGCUGUUCUUCCUGCCCAGGCGAACGAGUACCAGCUUGCUUUGGUCAAGCCGCCAUCUGAUGAGGACUCUUGCUCGAUCGCUCUCAACGAAUUCAUCUCAAUGCUCGAGUCUCCCGAACAAUUCUCGAUCAACGACGAGAACCUCCGAGAAGGAUCCACUUCCCAGGUGACUCUUCUCAAAAAGGGAGAAGACAUCGGCGAGAUGCUCCUUUCUCAAGGCUUCUGCACGACUGUCAAGAAAUCGCCAGCCCAUUUGACCGAGUUGCACAAGAAAUAUCUCGAGAGCCAGGAGAGCGCUAGAAAGAACCGCCUCAAUCUCUGGCGAUACGGAGAUAUCACCGAGGACGACGAUACUGAGUUCGGCAUGCGAUCUGAGAAGAAAUAA